AUGAAAAAAAUGUUUUCAUUACCAAUCUUACCAGCAGAAGGUGCUUCUUCUGAAACCAACAAGUUUACUGAAGCCAUUCGUCGUCCAAUUGAACCGGUCGGUACAGCAUUUCUACACCAUGCUACAAGAACUUUAAGAAACCAUACCUGGUCUGAAUUUGAGAAAAUUCAAGCUGAACAAAACGUCAAGAAAGUCGAUGAAAGUAACGUCGAUCCAGAUGAGGCAUUGUUUGACGACGAAUUAGCCGACGAGACCUUGUUAGAACAUGAUCCAAGAGAUUGGAAGACUGCUGACUUGUAUGCUGCCAUGGGUUUAUCCAAGUUGCGUUACAGGGCCACUGAAGAACAAAUUAUCAAAGCUCAUAGAAGACAAGUUAUUAAGUACCAUCCAGAUAAACAAUCCCAACGUGGUCAUGGUCAACAGGAUGGGUUCUUUAAGAUUAUUCAAAAGGCAUUUGAAUAUCUAACCGAUAAGAACAAGAGAUUGCAAUACGAUUCCUGUGAUUUUAUUGCUGAUGUUCAACCACCAAAGAAGGGCAGUCAAUACGAUUUCUUUGAAGCAUGGACCCCAGUUUUUGAAUCUGAGGCGCGUUUUUCAAAGAAACAACCAGUUCCUCAAUUAGGUGAUGCUAAUUCUAGUAAGAAGGAAGUCGAACAAUUCUACACUUUCUGGCACAGAUUUGAAUCCUGGAGAACUUUCGAAUUCUUGGAUGAAGACGUUCCAGAUGAUUCCUCCAACAGAGAUCACAAACGUUACAUUGAAAGAAAGAACAAAUCUGCCAGAGACAAAAAGAAGUCUGCUGAUAAUGCUAGAUUAGUUAAACUAGUGGAGAGAGCCAUGAGCGAAGAUCCAAGAAUCAAACAAUUCAAAGAGGAAGAGAAGAAGGAAAAGGAAAGAAGAAAGUGGGAAAGAGAAGCUGGUGCUAGAGCCGAGGCAGAAGCUAAAGCUAAAGCAGAAGCUGAAGCCAAGGCCAAGGCUGAAGCCGAAGCUGCUGCUGCUGCUGCGGCUAAAGCUGACAAAAAGAAAGCUAAGGAAGCUGCUAAAGCUGCCAAAAAAAAGAACAAGAGAGCCAUCAGAAACUGUGCUAAGGAACAAGAAUAUUUCGGUGAUGCUGACCAAUCUGCUGCUAUCGACGAACAAAUUGGUUUAAUCGUCGACUCAUUGAACGAUGAACAGCUAGUCUUUGUGGCUGAAAAGAUUAAGGCUAACGGUGCUGAAUCUAAGACUGUGUUACAAGCAAUCACCAAAGAAUUAGUCGAUUCUGGUGUUUUACCAUCCUCUGUUGUCCCAUAUUUUGCCUAA